ACUGCUUUUGACUUGGAACCACGGUUUAGCAGUACAAGAGCACCUGGUUCCGAGGGUCCCAAAUUGAUGAGGUUCGACCACUCACCACUAACAAUAUCCAAAGGCAGAGAGACAAGUGGUAGCGAAACAAGAGAAGAAUUUAUUUCAGUGAGGUCAGCAUGGGAAGACCGUGACUAAUGUCACAAAGAUUGUCUCCACAGUGCUAAAAAUACUUCUGAGUUUAUAUAAGGAAAAUGUGGGACAAAGGUGGAUGGGUACGUGCAGGUAGCCAGUAAAUUCAGAUCAUAAUUGUCUUGGGGUCUGGAAAGCCCUCAUUGCUUGAAGGGCGUGUUUUGCUUACCAUCACAGGAUGCUUGGCCCUCAGGGUCUUUUGCCUGAGAAGAGAUAAGCUGGAAAGAAGAAUUUAAGCACCUAGAAAGUACAGACUGAGGAGGAACAAGAGACAUGGGAAAGUCUUUUUCUCAUUUGCCUUUGCAUUCAAAUAAAGAAGAUGCUUAUGAUGGAGUCACAUCAACUGAAAAUAUGAGGAAUGGACUGGUUAAUAAUGAAGUCCAUAAUGAAGAUGGAAGAGGUGGAGAUGUCUCUCAGUUUCCGUAUGUGGAAUUUACAGGAAGAGAUAGUGUCACUUGUCCCACUUGUCAAGGAACAGGAAGAAUUCCUAGGGGGCAAGAAAACCAGCUUGUGGCAUUGAUUCCAUAUAGUGAUCAGAGAUUAAGGCCAAGAAGGACAAAGCUGUAUGUGAUGGCUUCUGUGUUUGUCUGUCUGCUCCUUUCUGGAUUGGCUGUGUUUUUCCUUUUCCCUCGCUCUAUUGACGUGAAAUACAUUGGCGUAAAAUCAGCAUACGUUAGUUAUGAUGUUCAAAAGCGUACAGUAUAUUUAAAUAUCACGAACACACUAAAUAUAACAAACAAUAACUAUUAUUCUGUUGAAGUUGAAAAUAUCACUGCACAAGUUCAGUUUUCAAAAACUGUUAUUGGAAAGGCUCGCUUAAACAACAUAACCAAUAUUGGCCCACUGGAUAUGAAACAAAUCGAUUAUACGGUACCUACUAUCAUAGCAGAAGAAAUGAGUUAUAUGUAGUAAGUUUUGAUAUUUGAAUAAUGUUCUCUCAUUAAAUUAUAAAAUAUCAAGAAUAG